AUGGGAGAUCCCACCCAUGACACGGUCAUGAAGAGAAGACCUGAAACGCAAGGCUGUUCAGGCUACAAGGGACCCUCCAGGUUGACCCCGGCCUCUACCCCACCCUGUAGCCUCCCCCUCUUGCUGUUGUCCUUGUCCGCCGUCCUGUUGCAGAUCUUUGCGUUGCCUGCCGAGAGCUCUCCUGCUCCUCUUUCACUAAAUAAAGACCAACAUAGAACCCUAAUUAAUAAAUCUCCUGGACGCUGGUUCCCUAUGAAGGGGCCAGGAAUGAAGGAAAUGUUUCAAGGAAGAACCCUUUUGCUGGCACUCUGGCUUGUUUGGCAGAUGCGUACUAAUGCACAUGACUGCUCACAACACCUUAAUCAUAAACAGCAUAAAGAACCUGAUCACAAAAGGCCCUGA